GGCGGCGUGUGUGCGUCGGUGUAAGUGCGGGCUUCUUGUCCUGCAGAAAUAUUUUCAGAGUGGAUGGUGGUGUCUAAUGUGAUGGAUCUCCCUAGCUGGAUUGCUGGAUAAGGCAGAACAUUUGAAUCCUCUUGGGAAAUAUGAAAACAAAGAACUGCUUUUCAAAUAUCGUUCAGAACAAUUGACACGUUCCAGGGAAAAGCUGUUGUGUUUGGGGCUUUUUUUGCAAAGUUCAGAAGAAUCUGCAUUCUCUGAGAUUUUAAAUAAGUAUAAAAUGAAAACGGUUUGAAGUUUAGCCUUCAAAAUGAAUGUUGGGAAGUCAGAUGACAAAGCAAAGAAUGGCUUGAAGUCUUCCUUACUUAUAAGGGAUGAAAAUGGAAAUAACUACGCACGUGACAGAGCUGCACCUUCCUCAAAGAAUUGUGCCACCAAGAUACACAGCAAUUCAACUGACCAGAAUAUAGUGGCUGAGCAUGAAGAUGAUUUUGAAAAUAUGAGUGACUUCAGAAGUAUUCUUUUAAAACAGCAGUGUAUUGAAGUACUUGAUCUGCAGAAGACACCUGGCAGAUACAACUGCACAGGAGCUCUGUUGGGAGAUGCAGAUGCUGCUUGCAAGUCUUCUGUCACUGAACAGACUUGCAUGUGUCCUUUGAACUGUGACUUGAAAGCAACAACAAACUUCUUGAAAGGUGACGUUGUUAUGGCAAAAAUGCAAAAUCAGAGUAUCAGACACACAGUGCCUUACAGUCAGACAGACUCUAAGUGUGGAGUAGCACUUCCUGCUUCAGAGCAGUCCCUGAUAAAUGACAGGGCAUGCUGCCACCCGAGCACAUUGGAUGUUACUAAUGUUACAGGUGAAACUCUGGGAACUGAUCAAAAUGAUGAUAUGCAUCUGAGAGGAACACUACUCUUUUCUGAAAUAUGUACAAGAGAGAAAUUUGAUAGAACCAGCUCAGAAAGAACACCUAAUUUCAUCUCUGCAGGUGUCGAACACUGUCUGAAAAACGCUAUCAAGACUGAUAAAGAAUCACAGGAAACAGAAGCGCAGUCUGUAGAACUAGCUGCUGAAUGUAUAGGUCCUUAUAGACGAGAUGCAUUGUCACCAUGCAUUAAUAUUAAUGAAGAUGACCAAGUGAAAUCCUUGCGGGAUACCUCUGACCAUGAUGAAAUUGGGAAUUCCAAUGUUGAAAUGUGCAUAGAUAGUCUUGUAAAUAAUGUGCACCUUCUCCCAGUAGAUAAAAUGGAUGGAGAACAAGUAUCAAAGAAAACCAGUGAACCCUUAACCAAAGAACAGAGUAUCUCUGGAAAUGCUGCUCUUCAGGAUAUGCACAACACCCCUUCUGUAUCUUGCAGUGUACCAAAAUUGAAGAGGACUGCUAUACCUGACCUGAAAUGUGAAGAAACUUUUGUGGUCUUCAGUCCUAUGGCUGAUGAAAGUGCUUUUGCUCUAUGUUCUUCAACCCCUAAAGAACGAUCAAAAAAUAGAACUUUUUCUGUUUCAGCUUUGGAAGAACUUGGAGACAAGUCUCCUAAACUAAGACCAAAUGAGACAUUUGUAGGAGGACAUAAUAAAAGGUCUGUGCUUAGAGCUAGUUCAGAUCAAACUGUAAGAAAACCAGUGGGCAGGUCUUCUAUUGUGUCAACAAUAACCAAAGCAAAGAAAUCGGAGAUUGUUAGUUUUCCCAAACCUGAUUUCAAAAAUGUGAAGCCAAAGGUUGUGUCUAGACCUGUGCUACAGUCGAGAGACAGCACAGCAUUAAAACAGUCCCCCCAGUCCUCCCAGUUGUCAGCUGUCUCCUCACCUUCACGGGUUGCUUCCCCAAGGCAAUUGUCCUCUAUAAAAGUGUUGAAAAAGACAGUAGAUCUAGCUAAAGUUUCAAAAGUGGAAUUGCCUGUAAAUAAGCCCCAUAAGCUACAUCUUAACAAACGCCUCUUCACUAACCAAGUUGUACAUGCCACAACACCUCCCAGAAAUGCUUCCCACAAGACUUCAAAGACACCUGCAUUAAAGCAAAGUCCUGAAGACACUGACAAAGCAAGCGCUACCCAUUCGGCGUGCUCCUUGGUUUCUGCUGUGUUUCCAACAUGCGUAGAGAGCUCGGAAGAGAUGCUAAAUGAUAAAAUGGAAAGUUCAGACUCCUUAAUGCAGCCUUGUGCUCAAGAUAUUGACCCAGCUGGAGGUGAAAAAGAGCAAAGCACCAAUAUGGGAAUGCUUCUGGAAGCGACCUUGGUAAAAGAUGUGGCAAAUGAAACGUUUGACAUGCACUCUGUUCCUUUGAUGCCUUCUGUGAAAGAUGGGACAACUCAAGGGAAAAACAUACCAAAGAAAGACCCAAUCGCACUACAAAGUGUAUCCACUCCCAAGGCUAAAAUGGUGCCAUCUGUGUUGACCUUGAAUAGAGGAUGUAAAAAUAAAACUACCAGCACUGUUAAAACACCUUCUCACAAGGAAGCUCUUUUGUCAGCAAGCUCCGGUAUAGGAUCUUUGCCAGGAGAGAAGCAUGCCUCAGUGAAAAAUUCCCCAACCUCCUCUGGUAAAUCCCUCACCAAAUUCAAAGUGCCUGUCAAAAGAUCAGUGCUUGAGAGAACACCUAGCCUCUCCUCAGUCAGCAGCACUCAGAGUGAGCGAAGUCUUUUCAGCACUGCAAGUGCCACAGUCAUCAAGAAUGGAGAAUGGCCUUCAAAACCAGCCUGCCAGAAUGGCACUUCAGGACCUGUCCCUUUGAAAGCACUGUCAAGACCUAGAUUGCACUUGUUGAAGUCAACUCCGAAAGGAGCCAAGACCAAAUCUGCUUCGCUGAACCAGUGCACACCAAAAUCAGCUGGGCCACUGCCCCCAGGAAGGAAAGUCAGUGAGAUUAGAGGUUCUCCUGGAAGAAGUGUACACCAAAGCCUAUCUUGUUUGGGUCCUGUUGACAAGGGCAAGCAGCGGAGUCCCAAGAGCUCGUGCAUACAGACUCAAGGCUCCACAGAUGCACGUUCACCUGGCACAAAAGCAGCAGAGUUGACACAGUACAAAACAAAAUGUGAAACCCAAAGUGGAAUCAUCCUGCAGCUGAAAAAAUUCCUGGCAUCCAGUAACCAGAAGUUUGAAGCAUUAACUGUUGUCAUCCAGCACCUGCAGUCUGAGAGGGAGGAAGCACUGAAACAGCGUAAAGAGUUAUCUCAAGAACUAGUUAACCUUCGAGGAGAACUAGUAACCACUUCUGCAGCUUGUGAGAAAUUGGAGAGAGACAGGAAUGAACUGCAAGUUGCUUAUGAAGGAUUUUUGCAAAAGUUAAACCAGCAACAUCAUGAUGACUUAGCUGAGCUGGAGGAGAGGCUUAAACAGUUUUACACUGCAGAAUGUGAGAAACUCCAAAGUAUCUGCAUUGAGGAAGCUGAGAAGUACAAAGCACAACUCCAGGAGCAGGUGGACAACUUAAAUACCACACAUGAAAGCUUUAAGCUGGAACUCGAAAACAGACAUUCAGAAAAAGUAGAGGAGCUGAAAAAGGAGUAUGAAUCCUCUUUUUCAGAGCUCAAGAGCACCCAUGAAUCUGAAAGGAAGUCACUUGAAGAUUCUUUUAAAGAGAAGCAGGAAUUGCUGGAGAAAAAAAUCGAUGAACUAAAAAGUGAAAACGACUCUCUGAGUGAGAAGCUGAAAUUAGAAGAACAAAAACAAAUAGCCAAAGAAAAAGCCAAUGUUAAAAACCCACAGAUUAUGUACCUGGAACAGGAGCUGGAAAGUUUGAAAGCAGUGCUGGAGAUCAAGAAUGAGAAACUCCAUCAGCAGGAUAUAAAGCUAAUGAAGAUGGAAAAACUGGUGGAGAACAACACAAUUUUAAUGGAUAAAUUAAAGAAGGUUCAGCAAGAAAACGAAGAAUUAAAAGCUCGGAUGGACAAACACAUGGAGCUUUCAAGGCAACUUUCUACAGAGCAAGCUGUUUUACAGGAGUCACUAGAGAAGGAAUCAAAAGUAAACAAACGCCUGUCAAUGGAAAAUGAAGAACUUCUGUGGAAGUUGCACAAUGGUGACCUAUGCAGCCCAAGAAAACUGUCUCCGAGUUCUUCAUCUGUGCCUCUUCAGUCCCCACGAAAUUCUGGUAACUUCUCUAGUCCUGCUGUGUCACCAAGAUGACAUCUCUUGAGAGAAAGAGAGGAUUGCAUUUCGUUUCUGAUCUGCAGAACCAAUCUUAAUUUUAAUCACAGGAGCAAGAGCUAUAUUAGCCGACUAUGACAUCUAAACAUAACUGGAAACUAUUCAGUGCAAAAAUGGCAAGAAGAGACUGUGAAUAUGGGAGUAAGACAUUCCCUCCUCCCAAAAAGACUUGUUUAUGACCUCUAUGGACAUAGUUGCACAAAGCACUUAAAGAGCAAGGAAAGACUUGUUUGUUGCCUUUUCACCUAACUCUAAGAAGAAGCUCAGGGGCUUAGAGAUAAAGAUCACAACCUUUAUAAUAUGUUCCUUAUCACCGACACUUUUUUAAGGCUGUGUGUGUGUGCGCGCGUGUGUGUGCUGUGGAUGGAAUGGAUGUAACACACUGUGCGUGUGUCUAAUGCUGCCUUCUUUGCUGUGUACGUAAUAAAGGAUAAAAACUGAAGACUAUA